GUCCAAGCCAGGUGGUGAUUGGUUGCCGAGAGGCGGGGCAGCUUGACCGCCGGAGAGGUAGACGCAGUGGCGAGGAGAGCGAUGGGUCAGGCGGCCAAGGUUUUACAGCUCUUUAAAACAUUGCACAGGACCAGACAACAAGUUUUUAAAAAUGAUGCCAGAGCAUUAGAAGCAGCCAGAAUAAAGAUAAAUGAAGAAUUCAAAAGCAAUAAAAGUGAAACUUCUCCUAAGAAAAUAGAAGAGCUAAUAAAAAUAGGUUCCGAUGUUGAAUUGUUGCUUAGAACAUCUGUUAUACAAGGUAUCCACACAGACCACAAUACACUGAAAUUGGUCCCUAGGAAAGACCUUCUUAUAGAAAAUGUGCCAUAUUGCGAUGCACCAACUCAGAAGCAGUGAAUUUUUUGGAUAAAAUCAAGUCUUUGUAAUUUUUAAUUUUAAAAUAUAUAACUCUGGCAAAAGUCCUGGAAGUACGGAUAUUUUUCUCUGAACUGGCAUAUUGAAAAUGAGUGAAUUACAGUUUCAUAAUUAAAUUUCAAGUUAAAAGGACAUUGCCAAAAACUGCAGAACAUAGUUAAAUAUUUCUUAAGAACAUUAGAUAAGAAGAUAUUUCAUUUUCGUUGAAAAUCAAACUUUAUAAAGUGAAAUAAAUGUUUAGGGAGGUGUAUCAUAUUUACUUCUCUUUGACCUUGGUGAGUUUUUUGGUCUUACCAUAACUAUUUGAGAAUGCAGUGUUUUGACAAGUUGGUAGGUUUUCCUCCCAUGUGAAAUGAAACUAUUAGAUUAAAAUUAUCAGAUUAAAUUGAUGGUUAGCUACCAGAAUAUUAAAUUGGUUAAAAAUUGCAAUAUGUGCCAACUCUUCACAGAAGGUGGCCUUUGUUUCCUAAAACACUGAAAUUAUUUGUGUACUAACAAAUGAUUAUACAGUUUCCUUUUAAAGAGAGAUGGUAUUUCUGUGUUCCUUUAAAGACAUUUUUUAACCAAUUUUCUGAAGCUAGUUGAAUAAAAUAUCACAGUCACCUAGGAUCACUGUGGAAUAAAGAAAUCCUAAUUUUUUUAGGAAAUAUUGGCCCUUGACCAAACUAUAUAAUAUAGCCUUAGUAGAAUUAGCUAUACUUAGACCACAGCUAGAUUUUAUUGUGAAAAUACAAUAUAUGGCUGCAUUCUCUUUGUUUUAAUCAAUAAAACUUAAAGGGCUUUUCUUCUUC